AGAGAGCUUAUAAAAAGGGAGAAUGUCUUUAUCAGAGUUCCACACAGUAUCAUGAAGACUCGAGUUAUUACUAACGGAGAUAGCUUACUUGGAUUUGCUACUGCAUAUAAGUUUUUAACUGAAGAUAAGGAGUACAAGUAUCGUAUUCUCUGUUGUGAACGUCAAGGCUUAGAUGAACUUGCACUACUCGGAGCUGAUGUGGUUGAGGUGGACUAUAUGAACGAAAUUGAAGUCUGUCGUUUGCUGAGAGAUACGUGCUAUGUUAUGCUCGUACCCGAAUUCUCCAAGCCACGUAGAGAAGAAGCUGAGUCGGUUAUGAGAUGUGCUCAAAAGGAGCAUGUUGAUUACAUGACCUUAUUCUCAGUUAUUGGUGUUGAUGCUGUAAAAAAAGAAGAUAAUCGUCUGGAAGAGCUCAAGGACUAUCGGUAUCUCGAAGAUCUUAUUCCAAAGUACUUUAGCAAGGACAAUUACUGCAUCAUGCGUCUGCCUUUGUUCCAUCAGUUCUUUUUCUACAUGGGUCCAUUAAUGGAAGAUGAAAACAAGAUCCGUUUACCUGUUUCUGAACAUGCCCAAUGGUGUGCCAUUGACAUGGAAGACGCUUUGGAUGCCAUAGUUCAACUCUCAAACGUCGUCAAGGGCAAAAAGAACAAGACGUUGUUUAACUUUACACCAUCGCAACAUAACUACGAUGUCAAGGACGUAGUAAGUGCCGCCAACAAAGCGCUUGAUCGUGACAUGACGUUUGAAAAGUCGAGUCGUUCGAGUAUGCGUGGCUAUUUGAAAGAUUUACGUGAUGAUAACCGCUUUAGAGAAAGACCGUCCGAAAGUCAUGGUAUGUUUCCUCUGGGACGGUAUCUGAACGAAACCAACAUCAACACCAUACUUGAUUAUUGGGAAUUAUCUGAAGCUAAGCACACAGAUGUUAUUAGUCAGGAUCUGGAAGAUGCCAUUGGACGUAGUCCGACAAGUCUAAAGGACUUCUUUCAUCAUAACCGUGAGCAAUUCAAGCGACUUCGUUGAUACUUUGAAUUAUUCUUUGAAUACUCGAAUAAAGUCACCAUUUCACAUAAUCUAAUAGCUUAUAAGCAGUAUGCACAUUUUCUUAUAUUUUCUUUGAAGUCAUAUACGAUCACUAAAUCUUAC